CCUAUACCGUAUGCUGGAUACGUACAGAUACGCAUGGAACUUGAGAAUUUUCAUUUAGCUUAGUUACCAUCUCCGCUACGUCCAGAAGUGAUGAAAGAGACUCAUGUAGAACAUGUAAGCAUCGAUAGUACGCUCGGUGUCUGGAAUGGAGACAGUCAGGAGAGUCCCCGAAAGCAUCUGCUUACACCAUCACGAUCUACGAUAAAUAAGUGUCCAACAGUGUUGUUAGAUAGAAGCGUGUUCAAUUCACACAAGUAUACAGCUAUGGAGCCUCUUAGCACUACUUGGCUUGUACACGGUAGGGCGUACACGGAGUGACUCACACAGACUUACCACAACUACUUAUCUUCUCAUCAAGUUCGCAAACAUAUUCUAUAUCUAUCUCUCUCUUGGUAUCAAACUCCAGAUAGAAAACAUGGGCCCCAAUUCCACUCUCAAAGAAGAAACUGAUCGACCGAGAUACUUUCUCAUCGGUCUUUGGGACAGAUAUUCAUCAUGGACAGCAAGAGUAAGAGUCCUGUUGGAUUACUACUCGAUUCCGUACGAUAUGCGCAUGCUCAAUCUCUGGCUAGAAUCGAGAGCAGAACUCAAUGCACUAUCCCCCAGCGGGCUUGUACCCGUUCUUGUAGACAACAAGUACGACCCACCGCUUAAUAUCAACGACUCUCUCGCCAUUCUCCUCCACUUGGCAGAAGAACACCCUUCCCUCCCAUUUUUCCCGUCGGACCCCUACCUUCGAGCUCUCGCACGCUCCGCGACGGCUGAAAUGCAUUCGGGCUUUGUAGCUAUGCGCAACGAGUUUUCGGCGAACUUCAUUGCCAAGUACGAGGGCGCGAUCCCAAUUAGCGAUGCGGCUAGAAAGAACGUGAAGAGAGUCUUGGAAAUAUGGGGAAAUGCGAGAAGAAAGACGAUCGAAAGAGCUAAUGAAGGGGGCAGUAAGGUAAAAGAUGAGGGAUAUUUGUGCGGCGAGUUUGGGAUCGUGGAUGCGUUCUUUUGGCCGGUGCUUUGGCGAUUUCGAUCAUAUAAUCUCCCGUUAACUACGGCGACGCCUGAGGCAAUUGAGUGGAUUAGCAAGAUGUGGAAUGAUCCGCAGCUCAGAGAGGUCGGGAAAGGGUACUUUCGUCAGGCAGAGAAUCCGAAGUCCAAGGUCAAGCAUUACGAUGAUGUGUUCAAAGGUGUAGAGGGAAUCACUUACGGGAAGUUUGAUGAGGACUGGGUGUUCCGACCUUAAAUGAUAAGAAUCUACGGAGGGGUUGAAAAAAAGAGGGAAUCGUUUUCUAGUUAUCGUGGCCUGUUGUAUGCAGCUUUAACUAUAUAAGCCCUCUUUACUUGAAAAAUCUACUAAC